CAAAAACAUUGUUUACAAGAUUUCUUUUCAAUAUUUAUCAUGUUUCUAUGUGCUGAAUAUCAAGUUGGAGAUUUUCACACAAGUUUAUUGGACUGUGUAUGACUUUUCCCUACAAAACAUGGCAGAGCCAGAGGGAAAUGUCUGGCGAGUGUUUUGUCGAGUUCGUCCUCUGCUCGGAGAUGAGUUAUUGGGAAAUGAUGGUAGGAUAUGUCACUUGAGUUUCCCAGACAAAGACGGCAAGAUACUGGUGCUGGAAAACCUCUCACCACACAGUGAGGAUUCAUUGACAGACAGUAAAGGAAACAAUAAGUAUGAGUUUGCCUUUGACAGAGUAUUUAACCCUGACAGCACUCAAGCUCAGGUGUUUGAGGAAGUCCGUCACACUGUACAGAGUGCUUUAGAUGGGUACAAUGUCUGUAUUUUUGCCUAUGGACAAACUGGCUCUGGUAAGACACACACAAUGGAGGGACCUUCAGAAUUCAGCCAUAAACAUGCUGGAAUGAUCCCUCGGGCCGUGGGGCAGAUAUUUGACAGUAUCCAGGAUCUGGUCAGCAAAGAGUGGCAGUAUGAAUUAGAAGCUUCAUUCCUAAAGAUUUACAAAGAGAGAAUUCGAGAUCUCCUUGGAACUGACAGCGAUGACGUAAAACACCAAAUCAAAAAGUCUGAGAAGUCAGGAUCAGAUGAUCAGAAAGGUGUGAUGGUGACCAAUCUAACGACAGUACCGGUCACAUCAAAGGAGCAGGUGCAUGAAUUACUGCGUAAAGCCUCCCACACCCGUUCUGUGUUAGAGGUUAAGUAUGAUGAGCGAGCUUCACGCAGCCAAACUGUGUUCCAACUCCGAAUCUCAGGGGUCAACAAAAACACACAGGAAACCCGGAGUGGAACCUUGACCUUAGUGGAUUCAGGUGGCAGUGAGAGAGUGGGGGCAUCAAAUUCAGGAGGAGCCCAACUCAAAGAGGCUUUGUCCAUUGGCAGGAGUUGUAGUGCACUGAGGACAGUCUUCAUGGCUAUCGCUAAUAAGGCUAGAUUUAUCCCCUAUAGGGAGUCUAAGCUGACCCACCUCCUCCAGAACUCCCUGGGAGGGGACAUGGGUAAGAUGGUGAUGCUAGUCCAUGUGUCCCCCAAGGAGGAGUGUUUUGAGGAGACCCUCAGCUCACUUAGAUUUGCCACAAGGGUCAAGAAAUCCGGUAUUGGUACAACCCAGAAGGAGUGAAAAAUAACACAUACUUUAGAGUAUUGCAUAAACAUACCAGUCCAAUUUAGCAUCUAUAAUAUUGUUCACCUUAACAGGCUUUAAAUCUAAAUGCUGUCAUUCCAUUAAUAAUCUACAGAAGAAAAUGCUUCAUUAAAUCUUCAUGGUGAAUUGGCAUUUGCAUUAAGUGGAUUAAGAAUCCACUCAAAAUCUGAAAAUGUGUAGGAAAGAUGGACUAGAAAUCCAAGUCGGAUUGAUUUACUGAAAAACUGUAGAAAGAUCUGGAAAGUUAAGUGGGACAGACUCGCCUGGAGAGUGUAGGAAGAAAGGGCUGAAAAUCCAAGUGGGACAGGUCACAGAAAGACAGAGGAAGAAGUUAUACUGGUUUUUAGAGUGAAAAAGUUUUAUUUACAAUAAAAAAUAUUUCGUAUAGAACAUAUGAAUGUAAAGGUAUUAAAUUAACAGAACUUCAUUCUGCGAGUUGGUGUAAGAAUUUAUGAUAACGUUAAACAUGAAAUAUGUGUGGGAAAAUUGAAUGGACAAAGUCGCUUUUUUAACAAAUUUUUGGUACUGUGAAAUCACAAAUUUUCGUGGGGUUUUAAUUUACAGACCCAGGAAUUCAUGCAUGUCUCAAAAUAUAAAAUAUAAUAUACAUAAUUACUGAACAAUUCUUCAUCCACGAAAUCCAAUCCCUUUGAACCCAUAGUCCCCCCUUUCCACAAAUCACAAAAUUUAGACCCCACGAAAAUAUGGUAUUUUACAUAUUUGUGUUUAGUAUUAUAAUUACUGAUAUUAAAAUCACUUUCAUCGAAAAGGAGAUGGGUGAACUUAGCGUGCAGAAAGCCCACUAGCUUCAGAUAUACAAAAAUCAUAUUCAAAUUGUGAAUUUAGUAUUUAGAGUCAAGUUCUUAUCAUUGUUCUUUAUGAAAUCAUGAUAAACAAUAUGUUUUGAGGAAAUUUUUUUAUUAAAAUUUAUUCUUUUAUUAACAAAAAAUAAUGUGGUAUCCAUUGGGUUCGAACCCUGGCAAUAAAAAUCCUGAGUUGCAUUCUCUAUUGAGACUAGCACGCUAACCACUACGCUACACAAGUCCUGAUGAAGUGUGGCAUUUAAAUCAUGUUUGUGAUAUGACCAUUGACUUAAGGGACUUCAAGUAUUUCUUGAAAAGAUACGAACGUUAUGUCAUAAAAUUAUAUUUUUAAGGUAUAGUGGGUCUUUGCUCCAUAAUUUUGGAAACCAAUAUAUGUAUGUUUGUAUGCAAACUUUGAGGAUUAACUCUCAAAAAAAUGGAGAGAAGACCCACUCAUAUCGAAAAAUAGUGUUAUAGUGUGAAAAAAUGACUCGUUUUGUCCUCUUUCCUGUGUGUACAGUAU